AUGCCUAAAGACUUUGUCAUCAAACACAUGAACGCCGACCAUGGUGGUUCGGUUCAACUCUACCUUCAAGCAUUCUGCAAUAUCAGUGCCAGCAAAGCUCAGGACGCCCAGAUCGAGGAUCUCACUUUGAACAACCUGAUCCUCAGCGCCAAGGGUACACGCUACAAUAUCCCAAUUGAUCCACCGAUGAAAACUUUCAACGAGGCCCGUGGUCGCUUGGUCGCAAUGCACAAGGAAAGCCUUGAACGCCUAGGCCGCUCAGACGUGGUACUCACAGAGUACCGGGCACCUCAAGGCUUCCAAAUUGUGAUUUUCGGACUGGUCUUGUUCACCUUCAUAAGCUGCUACCAGCGCGACAAUCUCCUGCCAGGCUCAUUCGUCUACGAAUAUCUGGGAUUCAAGUAUGUGCCGGACUUUGCCCACUACAUCUACACAAUCCAGCCAAUCUUAUUCCCAUUUGUUGUGUUCAUCCAUGUUGUGGAGUCUAUUCUGUUGGCCACUCUAAAGUUGAAGCCACAUGGUGUGCCAGUCCUGUCGGGAUUAUGGUGUGCUUGGAUCGCCUCGUGUUUAAUUGAAGGGUUUGGGUGUUUCCAGAGAAUCGGCCAGAUUGUGAAGGAGCAGCAGGCGAAGAAGCAUGGAAAGGGCCAAUAG